UGGUGGAAAAUGCAGCUUCCUGAUUGGUGGGUUGCUGCCGCUGUCGCGAGCCCUGCGUCGCUCGCAGUGAUCGAGGAUUUACACCGCAGAGCUUUCGCUAGACUGCAGGCUUGCGCUGACAAGAAGCACCUAAGUUUGUGGAGACUCGACAGUGACGCGAUGAUGGCAGCGACGCGCAGGGAGAGGCUCUCUUUGUACUGGGAGGAGACCGAGUGCCUCACCUAUUACGGGAUGUUGUCCCUUCACGAGAUCUUCGAAGUCGUCGGUUCUCAGCUGACGGAGACCGACGUGGAGGUUUUGUCCUUCCUCUUGGACGAGUCGUACAGCGGGAGGCACCCACUGGACCCAGCGGGCUGGACCCCCGAUACGUACGACGAGAACCCCGCCGGUGCGGGAGAAGCCUCGGGCUCAGAUACUACUACUAGCCCGCGCCUCCUGGAGGCCUGGCGGCGGAUCGGGCCGAGCGGGUCGCCGUCGUGUCCCGUAGCCGCGCGAUAUAGGCCGAAGAGUGGCGUGGAAUUGCUGCUUGAGCUGGAGCGGCGCGGUCAUGUGAGCGAGGGCCGCCUGGAGCCGCUACUGCAGCUGCUGCGCGUACUCACGCGCCACGACCUGCUGCCAUUCGUGUCCCGUAAAAAGAGGAGGACAGUAUCUCCAGAACGUCCGAAUGUGGAGUACUUUGAAGAUAGAAGAGAAGUUAGUGCUGUUGGGAUUUCUGACAGCAGUGGACAAACAAACUCUCCUCAGGACUGCUUACAACAGCCAUGGAGGGCAGGUGUCACUCCAUCUAGGAAGAAAGCUCCCUCUGCUCGCCGGAAGCGUGGCCGUGGCUGCCGCCAUGCCAGGACGAGGACUGUGGAGAUGACAGAACCAUCUGUGCAAUCACCUGUAUCUUCACAGCCUCAACCAGUCCCGGAGAAGAUCACCUGUGAUAUCCGGCUGCGUGUGCGAGCAGAGUACUCGGAGCAUGAGUCUGCACUGCGAGGGGGCGUGUCCUCGGAUAAGCAGCAUCCACUUGAACGCCAAUUUGAGCUGUUCAGCCGGGCCAGUUCAGUGCUCCGGUCUCGUGACCUGGGAUCCAUCAUCUGCGACAUCAAAUUCUCGGAGCUGGGUAACUUGGACGCUUUCUGGGCCGACUACCUGAGCGGUGCACUCUUGGAGGCACUCAAGGGAGUCUUCAUCACUGACUCUCUUAAGAGAGCAGCAGGCACCGAAGGUGUUCGUUUACUAGUUAGCGUGGACCAGGAUGACUAUGAAGAAGGCCGCAGGCUCCUAUUGGAAAGCCAUGAGAGACCAGGUUAUUGGAAUGGAAUCAGGUCAUGAUGAACCAGUGGUCACUGGAGAUGGAAGGAUAUGGAGAAAGGAAAAAAAGCCCACCGUGAUUCCUGCUGCCUCUUGAUGCUGCAAUUUGUCCAUUCUGAAAGUGUGACCUCUCAAGGCCGGCAGUGUUGGAGCAAA